GAGGGCUGUGGAGACGACCAGGGGGGUUUCGGGGAGUCCACCCGAGACACUGAACCGCCUACUACUUCGUAUGUACCUACAGCCGUGCCGCUUGGGCGUCGCUUUUGGUGGUUGAAAUGUUGGGCCGUCGUGAUACCAGCAAGGACAGGGAUGGCAAUGCUAGGACCGAGACCGAGAGACAAUGAGACGGGAGACGGAAGGCCCGAAACUAGAUAUCCGAGACCCGGGACUAGAUGCACGCAAGAUUGGGCAAGAUGUGUGGGGGACAGAGACACGAAGAGAGACAUGGAGAGAGAGACAUUGGGGGAGGCACAACUCACGAGACAAUGAGAGACAGGCUGACUGACACCUGGCAGGCUAGACUUCAGACGAAGCGGCAUGACAGAAGGAAGCCUCAACGCCAAGCAAGGUAUCGCGUCCCAUCUGACCGUCAUGGCGUCGUCCAGCAGCAACUCCCUCGGCAGUGGCCGUCGAAGCACCGCACCAACGAACGGCAGCUAUGCGGGAGGGAUGCCUUCUUCUACAGCCACCGACCUACGUAAUUGGGACGACAGGGGUGCUCCUCCGCCAGACCGGUAUGGAGAUGUCUUGCCCCAGAGACGCAUGGUUGGCUGCAUCCAUGUCCACGUGCGCCACCAGCCACGCUCGAAUCCUCCCAUGUGCCCAACGCCCAACGCCCCAUGGUCUGCUGUCACGCCGAUGACUUGCCCAGAUCUCUCUCCCGUGCGGCCUCGGUCCGGAGUGGGCCUCCCGGAGGCGGAGAUAGAUGUAUGGCACUCCCAAAACAGGAAGGGCAGAGAGCACAAGUGUCUGAGCGUUGGCCCCUUGCUUGAGGAUGCGAGAUCUGCGACAUCCCAGCUGGAGGGGAGGGUCUAUCUCACGCGGAGCCCACAAGAAUCUAAGAAUCUAGGAAUCUGUAUCCACUCGACUAUCCGCAGGCAGAGGCAAGCCACGCUACCAGACUACAGGGACAUGAAAUCUGGCCCGGGAACCCUGCGGCGGUCUGCAACGGCCCAAGAGGGAAACUACCUGGAGUGUGGACGAUUGAUACGAGCGACAGGUGCCAGGCACUUGGGCGGUUGCUACGUAGCAGGCGGUAAGGCGUCGACGAGACCGGGGGGGGGGGAAGGGAAGAGUGUGUGGAAUGUGGAAAUCGGCCACGGAACUAACAUGAGGGAAGGGCGUUUCUUCAGCCCGUGCGUUGUGGGUGAAGAUCCCUGCGAUGAGACGAUGCGACGAUGA